AUGAAAAAAAAUGUCAGACCUUCACGUAGUAUUGCAGAAAGUGAGACCGUCGAGGAUACAACAGAUGCCUGUCGCUCAGGUCAGAGCUGUCGAAAAGAGCUUGAAAAUUGGAUCCAAUCAACCAGAGCAAAAACCAACGACUUCACUACUCUCCAGUUAUGUGACGAGGUUUCCGUUGAUCACUUGACCAAGAAUGACCUGAAAAUCCUGACUAGCCUCGCCCCAGUAUGGGCAGUUCAGUCCAAGUCCAAAUCUGCCCCCAUAACACAAAGUGAAGAAAACCUGCUAUUGCAUGCACUGAAACUGCAGUCACCGCCACAGGACGCCGUUAUUUUACCCUAUGACGAAAUUGUGGCUCUAGAGAAGCAAUGUCCUCAGGUGUUCUUGGACUUGUCUUGGAGAGGAGUUAAGAGAGGAACAACUUACAUCCAGAUGAAAGAUCUGUCCCCAGCCAGUGAAGCAUCAGGAAAGAAAGCGUUCUUUCGACUCUGCACAGGAGAAGGAGACAAGUCUUUCGUUGGCUCAAACAUGACACAAGUACUGGAAAAUAACUUGCUAGAUGGAAGAGAACGACUAUGUUGGAAAGGCGACGGUCGUGGAGUAAACGUACAAGGAAUGUCUUUGAAGGAAAUUAAUAUUACUCCAGGUCUUGUGACGUGUUCACGGUCAGGCAACUCUCUGCAAUUCUCUGUGUGGUACAAGUCGUCAUUGAAUCUUAAGUUGGACCCUUAUUCCUCCAUCACAUUUAAUCAGUUUCCAAGAGACCCAUAUUCUUCCACGACAUUUCACAAUACUGUACACGAUCCUUAUUCCUUCCCAACAAUUUCUCAGGCUGGUGUGGAUCCUUAUUCUUCAGGAACAUGUCAUCUGCAGGACAAAUUUGAGACUCUGGGAGUGGUAACCAAAAAUCCUCAUAUUAUUGAAAAUGCAGCAAAACACCUCAAUUCUAACGUAGUGACUAUAAUAGACUGUGGGCUUGUUAUAAAAAGCAACUAAAAUAAACAGAAGCUGCUCACCAGUCUGCAAAAGCAAGUCAUCCAUGGAUAACAGUUUUCUCUCUAAUUGUAUUUGGGCUGUACACCAACUGAGAAUGAGAACUGGCUAGAGUGAUAAGAAAAAAUACCAAUUUCUGAAUUUAACUAAGACAAAGACAUUUGGCAAUGUGACAGUCCACCUAAAAGUUUGUAAAGAAGAAACUGAGAUGCACAAACGCAAUCUUUCAAAGUAUUCAAUUUGCUCAAUAACCUUAAAAUUUGAAUCUAUAGUAUAUGUAUAGUCGACCGCCGCUCAUUUACGGUUCUGGAUUAACGGCUCCACCUAUUUGCGGAUUUUUAUGUGGAACGUAUAUAUCCACACUCUCAACAGAAAAAUUACCUAUUCACGGAAUUUUUCAUAGAGAAAUUUCACUAAUUUACACUGUAUUUUCAUAUAAUUUUAUGACUAAAUACAUUUUUCGUGAUAAAACUAUUAAAAUGUUCAGGUAUGUACGUAUAAGCAUUCUUAAGUUUUUUUUUUUUGCAUUUGAACUAUCAAAAUACGCAGUUAUAAGUCUUUUUUAUCAAGUAUUCCCAGGUUUUUGCUAUUCACGGAGGUUGUGGCCCCUAUCCCCCGCAAAUCUCGGGGGUCAACUUUAUUUUAUGUGGUAAUGCACACGCAACGGUGCCCUGAAGUUGGUUUUAUUUUACGUCACUGAUGGCUGGAAUGUUAUUUUGGUGAUAUCAGAUGCUAUAUGUCAGCUAAUUUUAUUCAAAAUUGGGAAAGCGUCAUCUUUUCCACCAUAUUCUGUACAGGUUCUACAUGAAUGCUAUAUCAGUUUUGAUAUUACUG